AUGCGUUUCCUAGUUGAAUGUGGCUCCUGUGUGAAUUCUGUGAAUAAUUAUCAUGAAAACGCCCUGCAUGUCACUUGCCAGAACAGUCAGUACAACAACUGCGCGAUGACAAAGUUCCUGCUUGACCGGGGAACCUCCCCAUAUGUCUGCGAUAAAGAAAAUAUGACACCUUUCCUUUACGCAAUUGGACACGAAAAAGAAGUCCUAGCAAGGGUUUUUCUUCAGAACGGAUUCGACGUGGACUUCAGGAUUCGAAGGCGGUGCUGGACCGGGCAAAUGCUGAACAACAUCAUUUCGUAUGAAAUGGAUAAGAGCCCGGAACAACAUUCUAAAGUAGGCGUGGAAUCGGGCCUAACGGCGCUUCAUUUCUCUGCUCUAAAUGCUUCUGCGAAAAUGACGACCUUACUACUCCAAUAUGGGGCCGAUCCAAAUGCUCGUUCCGAUACUGGUGACACACCACUGCAUCUUGCGAUUAGACGCACGCUCCUCGAGCACAAAUACCAUGAUCCAUGGAUAAGUGGUGUAUAUGCAGCGGAGUCGCUGAGAGACUUGAUCACGGAUCAUGAAAGUGAGGCUCAUGAUAUUUACGAAUCCAUUGACCGAUAUAGAGUACACAUUGUUGAGGUACUCCUCUCCAGUGACACUGUCGAUGUCAACUUAGCCAACGAGCAAGGGGACUAUCCACAGCAUGUGAUUCCCUUUGAAAAGGACUAUGCGUCAUCUAUCCUAUGCAAACUCGUUGCGAAAGGAGCCGAUAGUUCUAGGCUAAACGGGGCUGGUCAGAGCUGUCUUCACCUUGCCAGCAAGGCAGGUAACUUGGAGGUUGUUCGCAAACUCGUGAAUGAAGGCCAUGACAUUAUGGUGCCGGAUAUCGAUGGAUUGAUCCCGUUUCACCAUGCGCUAUGUGGCGGUUAUUUACAAGUCUUGCGUUUCAUGUCUACGGCCUGUGAAAGCCUGCUUUCGAAGACUUGGCGUUUGCUUGACCACUUCGGCAAGAACCCUCUACACCAUCAUGUUGCAUCCAUCUACUGCUCCACUGAGACUAUUGAUUUCCUCGUACAACGUGGCUGCAAUGUCAACGACGCUGAUAAGGAGGGAAACUCCGCCCUCAGUUCAUACAUGAGUUCAUUCCGUCUGCAUAUUGAUAGAGAGAUCUUCCAUCUACUUCUGGACAAAGGUGCUGACCCGCUAUGUGUCAACUGCCAGAAGGAGAAUCUGGCGCAUCUCUUCAUGCACAACAGGGGAGCAGACAUUGGAAUCCUUCAAUUUAUGUUAAAGUGUGGCGUGGAUCUGGCAGCAAGGGAUCAUGGGGGGAGAACUGCUAUGCAUCAUGGCGCCAUUCAUGGUGUGUUCGACCAUGACCUGGUAAAGUUCCUUAGAGUGAACGGCGUUUUGAACCCGAAUGUCAGCGAUUUUCAGAACAAAACGCCCCUCGAUUACGCAGAGGAGCAGAGUCGUCGCAUAUGGCCGCAAGACUACCCUGGAUGUGAUGAUCGAUGGGAUAGAUCAUUUAAUUGUUUGAAGUACUGGAACCACCCCUGCAUUGCUUGA